AUGGCCGCCGAAUUACAGGGCUGGCAUGUUGUUGCCGCACGACACCAGGAAACGAUCGAAAGCAAGAUCCCACAGGCAUGGCAACUGUCUGAAAAUUUGUUGAACAAUGUUGCUCCCAUGGCUCUCCCCAGACAAUCGGGCAUCCUGAGUGACUGGGAAUUGAGCAUCACCGAAUCGAAAGCUGUAGAUAUCCUUGCCGAACUUCGACAUGGCAGAGUUAAAGCAGUGGACGUGACGCGGGCGUUUUGCAAAAGGGCCGCCAUUGCGCAACAAGCGACGAACUGUGUCGCCGAGAUCUUGUUUGAAGAGGCUUUGGACAGGGCUGCAGAACUGGACAAAUACAUGGAAACCCACGGCCGGCCGAAAGGGCCUCUUCACGGUCUGCCCAUCUCUGUCAAAGAGCACAUUCAUAUGCAAGGCACGAAGGCGACCUGCGCGUUAAUGGCUUGGGCGGACCACACCAGCUCCAAAGACGCAUUGAUCGUCCGGGUCUUGAGAGAGCAAGGCGCCGUCUUUCACGUCAAAACGACAAAUCCUCAGACUUUGAUGGCCAUCGAGACCGACUCGAACCUAUUCGGCCGCACCGUGAACCCGCACAAUCCAAGCCUAACGUGCGGCGGCAGUUCGGGAGGCGAAGGAGCCCUGAUCGCAAUGGGUGGCAGUGUUAUAGGUAUAGGCACAGACAUUGGCGGCUCGAUUCGUGUGCCUAGUGCCUUUUGUGGAAUCCACGGGCUCAAACCGAGCGUGGCAAGGCUCCCGCAUAGCGGACUGAGUGGCCUUCAGGACGGAAUGCAGAACAUCGUCGGUGCCGUUGGCCCAAUGGCUCGGUGCGCUGAGGACCUGGAUUUGUUCUGUUCGGCUGCUCUGGCCAACCGACCUUGGGACCAUGAGCCGUCAUUGAUCGAGCUCCCUUGGAAGACAAGUAUUGAGAUUCCUCCUCGACUGACCAUUGGUGUGAUCUGGAACGACGGCGUCGUUCACCCGCAUCCUCCCGUCAGCCGAGCGUUAAAGAACACCGUGGCAGCUUUGCGAGGCCAGGGACACAGGGUGGUGGACUGGAAUACUGAUCUACAUCGACAGUUGGUUGAUGCUGCUAACGAAGCCUACUUCCUCGAUGGUGGGAAGGAGUAUCGUGACAUUCUGGCUGAAGGACUAGAACCGCCUGUUCCGAUUAUAGAAUGGCUGCUUGAGACAAAUGCCGGUCGGCCGCACACUGUCGAAGAAACCUGGAAGCUGAAUGCGAAGAUCGAGCGGUUGCGGACCCUAUAUGCCGAGCAGUGGAACGAUAUCAAAAUCGACGCAAUCAUCUGUCCAGUCAGCGCAUCCGUUGCUUCGGUCCACAAUGAAAGCCGGUAUUGGGGUUAUACAAGUAUCUGGAACGUUCUUGACUUCCCUGCGGUGGUGAUGCCUGUGGGCAAGGUCGAGGAGUCAGACACGUGGGAUGAAUUUCCACCAGCCUCCCUGACACCCCUGACCUCGGCCGAUGACUCGUAUCGACAGCUCUUUGAGAAUCGCCAAGGUGCGUCAAGGUACCAACAUGCACCUGUUGCUAUCCAGAUAGUUGGCAGACGACUCCAAGAAGAAAGGAUCCUCAGAAUCGCGAGGAGCAUCGAGCGCUGCAUCUCCGAGCCAUGCGCACCAAGUGGAAGUCCAUUGGAGGUUAAAGGCGCCAAUGACCUCGAGCCUGCUUCGAUCCAAUUUGCAGGAAGCCCAAGCUUCUGGAAUUCGGUCGCGGAGUUUGAAGAUUCCGUUUCCGUUGCCGCAUAG